GAUACUAAGAAUAUUACAAACCAUAUUAGUAUCAAUACAAUUACUCUUACAAACACAAGAAGUAAUACCAAGCAUAUAUAAAUUACACAAAUCAAUAAUAACAACUAAACAAAAGCAGCAACAAGCUCAUUUAUUAAACAGAGCUCACGCAACACAAGAAGAAAUUAGAAUUGCUGAAACAAUAGAAUAA